CUGCGGCUGGACCAGGGUUCAUGGGGACAUGGCAAAACGCUGAUACUAACCUCUUAUUCAGAAUGUCCCAACAGAUCAACAGAAGAGAUUCUUGGGUCCUAGAGACCAAAGAAAGAAUCAGCAGGAAUGCCCAGGGUGAAUGAUGGAUUGCAGAGCCUGGCUGAACUCAACAAAAAUCCAGUGGGAGGCUUUUCAGCAGGUUUAAUAGACGACAAUGAUCUCUAUCGUUGGGAAGUCCUUAUUAUUGGUCCUCCAGAUACACUUUAUGAAGGUGGUGUUUUUAAGGCUUAUCUCAUUUUCCCAAAAGAUUAUCCCCUCCGGCCUCCUAAAAUGAAAUUCAUUACAGAUAUUUGGCCCCCAAAUGAAGCUGGAGCAGCCGUUCUGCCACGCAGGAAGAGGGACACUGGCUGCAAUAGUCAGUGCAAUACAGACUGUGGCAAGCUUCCUCUGAUUUGGAACAAAAUAAAUACAGGCUGGUCUUCCCUUGUACCUGACACAGGCAAAUUGAACUGGCCCAGACAGCAGAGCUCUGUAAGACAUGUUGAUAUUGAUGGCUUCUUUGUCUCAGGGGCUAUAAGAAAUAUAACAGAUCUCAAAGGAAAAACAGUGGCUCUGUCAGCAACCAUGGCACAGGAAGGUCACCUUUUCAUCCUGGUGCUAACAUCCAGCUGGAGUGGCAGUAUUACCAAAAUAAAAUCCUGAAAGGAGAAGCAGAGAUCAUGCUGACCCAGAAAGUGGAGAUCUGAUUGCUGAGAUUAAUGGCUUGAGCCACCAUGAUUAUCUGUAAUAAAGUGAGGUGUUAGAGCCUGUGGCCUAGUGACGUGAACAUCGGGCCUGGAAGCAAGGUCAGAGUCAAAGUCUUUUUGAUAAAGAACCAGGAAUACAUACCAGCACAUCUGGGCUGACUGUCCUUCUUCCCAAGGGAUAGAUCAAUCUCAGAGAAGAUGGUCCUUCCUCUUGAUCUACAGGUCGUACCCUAAAUAUGGGUACUCUCUAGAUCAGUAGAGCCUCCUUACAAGUCACCACAUGUAAAUUGGAUUUACAUCCCUAUCAUCUAGAGGAUAGCAAGCACAGAGAACAGCAAAGACAAAAAAGAAAGGACAAAGAACUCAGAGGGUGACACACUAAUCACUUUGGGUCAUUUUUUUCCUGUUUUACCUUGACUCUGACUUCUAACAAAAAGAGAACAUCAAGAAGAAGAAAAUGAAAGAAACAAUCAUCUUUGGAGCCCUGGUGUUGUCGUCGAGUCAAAUUUUUAAAAGACAGAGAGGAGUUGUGAAAAUCAGCUUGCUUAGUGGAAGUCCGCAGUGUUAUAUAAUCAGUACCAUUGUGCUUUAUCUUACAGAAAGUUAAACAUGGCCUGUGGUCACACAGUUACUGAAGAAUUGAAGUGUAGCCUACAAUUCUUAUUCUCUCUCUCUCUCUCUCUCUCUCUCUCUCUCUCUCUCUCUCUCAUGAAUAAAAUUUGAAAUUAAACUACA